ACCAACGACCUAUCGAUACUGCGCAAAAAAAAUAAAGAACAAAUUUAAUUUAAAAUUAUUUUGAAGCGUGUCUUUUUACUGGCGACUCACAUAACUAUUGAUAAUUAGUUACUUAGUUCACAACAACCAUGUAAAAAAAUAAUUUUGUUUACCUUUGUUGUCCAGUUUUGUGGCACUUUUCAAGAUGUUCAACAACAAUCCUCCUGUGUUGAGCGGAACAGAUAGAUGGACUACAAACUAUAAGAACGAUUUUCUCCAUAAUGAUGUGCGCUUUGUGUCUCCUCGAUACCAGCAGAGACCGAAAGAGCAGCCAGCCCCCACCCCCAGACCCACUGGGCGGAGACACUUCCCCAACAGCCAAAUAGCCCACUCCUCCCUCAACUUCUCAACCGGAGAACAGUUACCCCCAGGAGUCCUUCUGAGGUCAAUCGGAAGUGAAAGUGGAGAUCAGUCGGGGUUCAACAGUGGUCCGAACAGUCACUUCGCCUCGCCCGCCGGGUCUCCGAGGAAGGUUGCAAGACUGUCUGGAUCUGUGCAGCCUCCAUGGGGAGUUCAAUUCAGAAAUGUGGUGCCUAUAACGGUGUACCAGAGUAGCAGUCACGCCUCGUGUGGGGCAGUGGGCAUGUUGGUCAGACUGCUGGGUUUGAGGGCCAACUACGUGGAGGUCAACAUCAUGGCUGGUGAAGAAAAGUCUGAAAAAUUCCGCCAAACUAUCAACCCAGCCGGAACACUUCCUGUGAUAAACGACGAGGGCUUCAAACUGUCCGAACACAGAGCCAUCCUGCGCUACUUAGUGACCAAAUAUGGGUACAAGAACAACUCUCUCUACCCAGAACACUUACCCACUAGAGCCAGGAUAGAAUCAUGGUUAGAUUACGACAUCGGGACUCUGAGCCCGGCUGUGAAUGAGUUUGUCGGUCCUUCUCUCGUGAGACAGUCCGGAGACGGGAGCCAGAGCAACAGCGAGGAGCGCCAACGAAAAUUGGAGGCUGUGUUGGAUCACCUCAAUUCCCACCUUCAAGUAUCUUCCUACAUCUGCGGAUCCCAACUGACUCUAGCUGACAUCUCUCUAGUGUCCACUCUCGCACUGUUAGAUGCGGUUCGAUUCCCGCUAGGACCCAACAGGUCUUCUCUGAACGCAUGGAUGCUACGAAUGAAGGGAAUUAGACAGUUUCAAGACAGUUUUGGACAGUUUUACGCAAUCAUGGGGUCCAUGAAUUGAUUGAAAAAACAAUUAUUCAGCAAGUUAACAACAAAAGCUAUGAUUAUCUCGAUUUUUCUAUCGCAUGUUAAUUCUGGAUGAAAAAUUUUCCUUGACAAUUAGUAGUUUAUAAUGAUAUAUACGGUUUUAACAAACAUUCAAAAAUGAUGCAGAUUUUGAAUAGUAGUUGAGUGUGGCUGUUGCGUGAAUUUCGGCUAUUUAAUAGAACAGAAAUGAAUUACUGGGUAAAAAUCUAAUUACCGUCAACGUUUAGAUAAAUAUCUUUUUCAAAAAUAACGAUAUUUUAUAAACUGAUAAUGAUAUUUGAUUACUUGGUGGAUAAGUAAUCAAUUUUAACUUUCAAGUACAUUCGUCAGAAACU